CCACGUUUCAGUGAGCGAUGAACAUGACGUUCCAGAACUUCGUUAACAAGACACGGCUGACGCAAGGGAUGAUCAACUUUUGCGUGAUCGUGUACAUGAACGACAUCCUGGUCUAUUCGGAGACUUAUCACGGGCACGCGCAACAUAUUGAAUGGACAUUGGGCGCACUAAGAGAUGAUGGGUUCAAGAUUGCGCUCGAGAAAAGCGAAAUUUUCCUCUCGGAAAUUUCGUUCUUAGGCUACGUCGUGACACGUGGAGGAUUGCGGCCGGACUCGAGAAAAGUUGCGGCGGUGAAGGAAGCCCUGGUUCCCACGUCACUGACGCAGGUUCGAGCCUUCUUGGGACUGGCGUCGUAUUACCGACGCUUCAUCAAGGGCUUUGCCGCGAUUGCACGACCGCUAACGAACCUGUUACGGAGGGACCAACCUCUCAGUUGGGACGCGGAGUGUCAGCAUGCCUUUGCAACCCUCAAAGACGCUCUGGCAACAACCCCUAUUUUGAUUCGGCCGGACCCCUCGAAGCAGUUCAUUCUCAUCACGGACUGGCAACCAGAAGUCAUUUCUGCUAUUUUAGCACAGAAGGGGAACGAUGGUCGCGAACACGUCAUCGAGUACGCGUCUGGAACCGUACCGUACGAACGAAGAAACGACUCCGCACCUCAAGGCGAGUGUUAUGCGGUAGUUUGGGGAAUCCAACACUUCCAUCUGUAUCUCUACGAACAAAAGUUUCGCCUCGUAACGGAUCACGAGCCUCUGCUUGCGUUGAAGAAGCUCACCAACUACACGGGCAUGAUUGGCCGUUGGGCGGUGCGAUUGCAAGAAUACGACUUCGAUAUCGUCCAUCGAAAGACAGAGCGACACGGCAACGCGGACGGGCUGACACGUCUGCAUCGACCCGCCAAGUCUGCGCGGGCUCCCACCCUCUCUUACCGUGUUAAGGAGAACAGUGCGCCGCUAUUGAGUGAGGAGAAGUGGGACGCGUGGUGGGAGAACUAUAUCGAGCUCGCUUUUUGCCUACUAGAGAUAGAGUUUCGCUGGUCAGAGGCGGCCCCAUUCGGAGAAGGGCCGGAGCACCCAGAAGACAGCGUGGAGUUUCUGAUCAUCCAAGCCUGGAGGACAGCGGAACAGGGCGACCUACUGGGAUUCCUGUUCGGGAAGGUGGAGGAGGGCAAUCUCACCUUGAUCACGGACGAGUUGCUGGUGUUUUUGACUCAGUUGGCGGACGAUCUGCCCCUGGACAUCCUGUCGCAUAGUGACAAGCAGCCUGGCACCCACGUGCUGUCUCAAACGCUCGAGCCGCACCUCGUGUGGUCCAGGUGCACGGAGAUCGACGAGGACAAUUGUCUCUAUCCCUCCCAGGCGCUCUACUUGGAGAUCGACGUUACCGAUCUCACGUUUUGGGACCCGAUUGCGAGACAAAACGUGGCGCAGGACGAGGAGAUAAGGGGAGCAGACGAAGAAGAGGAAAAAGAAGAGCCAUCGAGUGAGGAAAGGGACGAUCCGGACUACGUACCGGAUAGAGAGGCAGGGAUAGCCAACGAAUCAAACCAGCCGCAUGUGCAGGAUGAGGGGGUAGAACCAGAAGAAGAAGAAGGAAGCGGGCUAUCAGGAUCGGAGUGCGAAGGAUUCGAGGCUGAAGUGCGCGACGCAGCGCAAAAACGAGCACGAGAGCGGAGGAAACGGAAGCGCAAGGAAACCGCGAACCACAACAGACGUGUCCUCUGUCGAUCCGUCGAUCGGAGACCCGUGGCGUGAUCCACAGCCGCUAGAAGAGGAAGACGAUGGAACCACGGCAGAGGGAUCACGGAGU